AUGGGUCGUCCUCUAUUAGCCACGCCAUCCGAGCCUUCUUGGAGCCAAGGUGAACUUAACUUUCAGGGGUUAUGGACGUGUAAAGUAAGCAACCAUCUGGGUAAAGUGGAUCGGAAUUUCACAGUCGAAAUAAUAGAUUUUUGCGACUACUUUGCUAUGCGUUCCGGUGCGACGUUCGCACUGCCGCCAGCUUCGAUCCCAAUGGAAUGCAUCUGCUUAUGGCAGAUCACCAACGACAAGGAACGUCACGAUAUCGAUUACUCAAUAGCUACGACUACUACUUGUAACAAGUAUGCGUCGCGUAUCGAGAAACGUGCACGAAAAUCUCGAAAGGAUCCUCUUGCAUGCAUUGAACCUCCAUGUGAUUUGUACGGUAUGCCACUACUGUUCACGACAACGUCGGCGUCAACGACGACAACGCGGACCACCAAAUUCGCUCCCGAAUCGACGACGAAGCUCGCAGUACGGCCAUCAUCGUCUGCGCAUGUGCAUGCGACACUAAUCAAAGAUCGGAGCCUAGAAGAAAUCACUGGAAGGACACCGAACCGACUUCGUGAAAUGAAACAGCAUCCAGUCAGUGUCGUCUCGUCUACGCCGAGUGUUCCCGCCUAUAAGAGGAGGAUAAUGGAGAAAGAGGUCAACUAUGAACCGCCACCACCAGAAGGCACGACUUUUGAUUGGAUAUACUUUCAAUAUACCUAUUCGGGGCUGAAAAUCCCGGAACUUGACCAUGGUACUACUUCAACCAUGGAUGGUUUCGGGGUCCAACUCAUUUUCGUAGUACUCCAAGAAGCCUUCGAUCUUUCUGAGUCCCUCAAUUGGGAUCAGACAAUGGUGAGACCUACCUUCAAAGACGGUGAGGAAACAGCUCGAAGCCUUGCAUCCCCUGCGGGACGAACCGUUAAGCUUAGCUGUCGCGCUACUGGUUAUCCAGAGCCACGUGUUGUGUGGCACAAAAACGGUGCUAUAAUUACCGAAGCCAGUCCACGAAUGACUGGAGCCGACUUCAAAAUCCGAAAAGGAAUGCUGGAGAUGGAGGAUGCGGCGGAGAGCGACUCUGGAAAGUACAUGUGCGAGGUUUUUAACUCACUGGGUACCAUACGUCGUACUUUCAACGUAACGAUCAUCAAUCGCAUGCGUGGGCCACCUAUAAUCGUGCCUAAUAUCCUCGUCAAUCAAACUGUGAAUGUGAAUGGAACGGCCGUGUUCAAUUGUAGGGUCGUGUCCGAUUUGACACCGUACAUCUUUUGGAACGCCAAUGUUGUGACGAAUGAUGAUGAAUCCACUCUAACACUUGUCAAUGUCACCUUAGAAGAUCAAGGCAUAUAUGCAUGUAUCACCGGAAAUUCACUUGGAUCAGUUCUCGCAAAUGCCACAUUGACAGUGAAUGAGUUCCUUGGGAUGGUUUUGCUCACAGGAAAUCCAGAGCCUGAGUAUUCGACAUGGAGCAUACUCCUUCUGCUCCUAAUAGUCAUGUUACUAUCGUUGAUGCUCAGUCUCUGUGUUGCCUACUACAUCUGUUUCCGCAUCACGAAAAAACGUCGGGACUUGGAAGAUCGUGUCGGACUCAUGCCGAAAAAGAAGAAGGUGGUAGUAACGCACAAACCGUAUUCAGAGGAGAAAGAAGGCUGUUCAGAUCUCCCUUCGACCUACCAAAUACAGGUGAGCGCUACUGAGACCGUAAUCAAAGGUUCGGCUCAGCUAUUUGGCCAAUCUUCCCAGAUUGUCGAGCAAGCACCUUCCACAAAAGGGCGACGUCCACGUCUCAGCUCUGAUUUGACCCUGCUGUCCGACUACGAAAUCGAUCCUGAUCCACUCUGGGAGAUCGAUCGAUCGAGGCUUGAACUGGUGGACAUACUGGGUGAAGGUGCGUUCGGAGAAGUUUGGAGGGCAAAUCUCCGUCCUGAUCAUAACGAGCCCAACGCGUCACCAGAGGGUGUUCCGGUGGCAGUGAAGAAGUUGAAGUCAUCCGCACAUGAGAAGGAGCUCAUCGACUUGGUCAGUGAGAUGGAAACAUUCAAAAUUAUCGGGCGCCACGACAAUCUUCUGAGGUUAAUCGGAUGCUGUACAGGCUCUGGACCUUUAUAUGUAGUGCUGGAAUUGUGCAAAUACGGCAACUUGAGAGAUUUUCUUCGAAUUCAUCGUCCAAAGGAAGACAAGCAAGAGGCCAUGUCAAAACACAGCGGAGAGUUAGCUGACUACUUGGAACCUCGAAAAUGGGUGGACAAACAAGAUAAACAGAUUGCUAUUCACAACAUCACUCACAAGCAUCUCGUACAUUUUGCUUGGCAAGUAGCCAAAGGAAUGGAGUUCAUGGCAAAUAAAAAGAUAAUUCAUCGUGAUCUAGCCGCCAGGAAUGUGCUUGUCGCUGAAAAUUUCGUUAUGAAGAUAUCCGACUUUGGCCUUUCCAGAGAUGUACACUGUAAUGACUACUAUCGGUGA